AUGCAGAUGGGUUUCAUAUAUUUGCUUUGUUUGGUUUCUAUUUUGCUUAUAAACAUUGGUGUAUCUAAAGGAACUAUAUGUUAUGACAUAGGGAAUUUCACAAAUAAUAGUACCUAUGAGAAGAACAGGAACCUGAUUCUCUCAUCUCUUGCUUCUAAUGUCAUUCUACAUGAUGGUUUUUUUUACACUGCAAGUGUUGGCCAAGAGCCUGACAAAGUUUAUGCUCUUGCUCUUUGUAGAGGAGAUUCUUCUNCUCAAAUUGGAACUAGAAUUUUUUAUGACUAUUCAUAUAUUGAGUAUCAUUAUAAAGAGAUGGGUUUCAUAUAUUUGCUUUGUUUGGUUUCUAUUUUGCUUAUAAACAUUGGUGUAUCUAAAGGAACUAUAUGUUAUUACAUAGGGAAUUUCACAAAUAAUAGUACCUAUGAGAAGAACAGGAACUUGAUUCUCUCAUCUCUUGCUUCUAAUGUCAUUCUACAUGAUGGUUUUUUUUACACUGCAAGUGUUGGCCAAGAGCCUGACAAAGUUUAUGCUCUUGCUCUUUGUAGAGGAGAUUCUUCUACAGAACAGUGUGUCAGUGGUGUCAGUUAUAUGGCCGAAGAUAUCAUGAAGCAAUGUUUGAACCAGAAAGAAGCAGUUGCAUGGGGAAAGGGUCCUUAA